AGUUUAGAAUUAUUAUCCCUGAGCUGGUUUCUGUUUUUUGCCUCAACUAAUUACUAAAUCCUCCUCUGGACCAUUAGUGAUUUAAACAUUUAUAAGGUUGAGCUAAGUUUACCAUAAGGAGAUUGAGAUAUUGGUGGAUGAAUUGUUGUCUCUCCAGGUAACAUGGACGUGAGAGUUGGGCUCUUAUUUCUUUUUGUAUUGCUGGGCAUUUGCUGGGCCUGUGAUGGCAGAUAUUUGCUGACCUCUGAUCCCUCUAGUGAAACCACUGUGGUCUCUGAUGUUUCAGCUGUGCAGAUAGAAUGCCAGAACAGAGAAGAGGAAGUUGAAGAUUUGGAUCAAGUUUUUUGCACCUUGUGCGAAAGAUUCACUGCCGAGGCACUUGAUUACCUUGCUGAUAACACAACCCAGACAGACAUCAUUGAUUUGCUUCACAAUACCUGCUCCCAAAUGUGGAACAUGAAGCAGAAGUGCAUGGCUAUGGUGGACUAUUAUGCUCCUCUCUUCUUUUCAGAGGUUUCCAUGAUAAAACCUGGUAAUUUCUGCCAAGAUGUCAAUCUCUGCGCGACUACAUUCACUUCUCCACCACUCUUCCAAGGCAGCUGUGAGUUUUGCCGUCAUGCUGUUGCAGAAGUUGUGGUUAAGUUGAAAGAUCCGGACAGGCAGGUGCUUAUAAUGGAGUUGCUUCUGAAAGGCUGCGAUGCUGUUGUUGAGGGCUAUGUGAACAAGUGUAAGAAUAUGGUUUCGGAGUAUGCGCCUCUGGUCCUCACAAAUGCGGAGCUCUACUUAGAAACAACAGAUAUAUGCAACACACUCCAUGCCUGUCAUGUGCCCACCAUCAGUACCCACCAAGAUUGACUUCUGCUGUCCGACUCUUGAAUUUCUUACUCUUCAAUGGCUUAAAGUAUAUGUAUUUUUACGAUGCACCGGGGCUUUGUUGAAAAGUUCCUGUUUCAAAUUAUAGUAAGCAAUAUUGUAAUAAGGAAUCUAUCUUCACUAGAUGAUCUGGCUCUCUAUGUUUUCAACUUCAAGGAGCUAGUGGGAACUCUGAAAAUUGCAAACCCUUUUGAUUCCUAAUCUUAUUAUUUCAAUUACAUUGAAGUCAAAAUAUUGAGCUUUA